AUAGAAACUUUGUAUUCCUUCCGAUUGAACCUUCUUCAGCCAAACGGAAUUCUGGAAGAAGGCCUAAAAUCCGCUUCGAAAUGGCGGGUUGGAUUGUUAUUCCCUGCAAGAGAUCUGAGGCAGUCGAUUUUAAAAAGCCUCUGGAAAAGUUUAUCAAGAAUACGUUUUCAGAAGAUGUUCUGAAGGAGAACUCGGAUGCCAUUUCUGAUUUGAACAAACUUCGUAAUUCGGCGGUUAUGCAAACGCCUGACAAACAUGAGUCCGCCUUGGAGCCUCUUCUCCGUUAUUAUGACCAACUUGUGGCUAUUGAGGGGAAGCUACCAAUAAACGAAUCCCAGAUACGGGUCUCAUUUACAUGGUUUGACUGUUUCGAUAAGGGCUCUCUGUUUGGUUAUAAAAAAGCAAGCCUUGCAACAAGUGCAUAUGAACGUCUUUGCCUUCUUUUCAAUAUUGGUGCCCUUGAAAGCCAGAUUGCUAGCGCUCAAAAUUUACAGACAGAUGAUGGAUUAAAGCUGGCAGCAAAAAUGUUUCAGAGUGCUAGUGGCUGUUUCAACCUGUUAAAGGAUUCAGUCUAUGCCCAGCUUCACCAAGUCCCUACACCAGACAUGUCUGUCGAGAUGUUGAAUGCCCUUGGCUCAAUCAUGCUGGCUCAAGGGCAGGAGAGUAUCUGGUUUAAAACUGAGCAUGACAAAAUGAAAGAUGGUAUAAUUGCAAAGGUUGCAGCACAACUUUCCGAUUUCUACAAUGAAGCCAACCAAGCAUGUCAGGUCCAGACAGUUAAGCAACAGUUGGAAAAGGAGUGGACGGCAGUUCUUGGAGCCAAGCAAAAGUACUUUAAGGCCAUAUCUCAAUACCAUCAAGCCACUGUUGCCAUGGAAAAGGGAAAAUAUGGAGAAAAUGUUGCUAGACUUAAGUUGGCAAAUCAGUUAGUUGGUGAAGCAGCCAAAGAAAGCAUGGGGAUGUUUGACACAAAGACCUGGGUGGACCGCAUCAAGCGAGGAUUUGUUGAGGCAGAAAAGGAUAACAACUUAAUCUACCAUGACAUGAUUCCUAGUGUUGACACUCUAGCCGUGAUUGGCCGUGCAUCUCUGGCCAAGUCCCUGCCCCUAUCAAAGCCAGCUUCAAUCAACUUCAUAGACAUGUUCACCAAGCUGGUACCAAUGGCGGUCCAUGGAGCACUGACUGCAUACGAGAACCGUAAGGCUGAGAUUAUCAACUUUGAAGUUGGGCGGUUAAGAGAGGGGACACAACUAAUCAACAGCAUCUUGGCAUCACUAAACUUGCCAGCAGCAAUAGAAGACCUAUCAGGGGACAAGGUGCCCAAGUCAGUUCUGGAGAAGGCUGCCACUGUGAAGGAGAGGGGAGGUGUGAACACUAUAGACUCGCUGAUGCAAGAUCUCCCGGAGCUAUUGCAGCGCAACCGUGAAAUUCUUGAUGAGGCUGCGAGGAUGAUGGACGAAGAAGAAGGCCAAGACACUCAAAUGCGUGAACGCUUUACAAGCAAAUGGACGCCAAAGCCGUCUGCCGAGCUCACGGCCCAGCUCCGGGACGAAGCCAACAAGUACCGUGGUAUCCUUGAGAAUGCAGUUCGCGCUGAUGCCAUCGUGCGAGAGAAGUACAAUGCACACAGGCAAGCGAUGGACCUGCUCUGCAAAGGCGAGUCAGAGAUUGCUGCAGCCCUUCCAACAGUCAAUGCAUCCUCUUCAGCCACAGCGGCUAGCUCCACGGUCCAACAGUUGCGAAAGCUCCUGUCUGAGAUUGACAGCAUCAAGGCGGCUCGUGAAGGGAUCGAGGAGGACCUCAAGGCUCAGCAGGACGACAUGGCGGUCAAGUUCCUGAGCGCCCUGGCUGCUGACGGAAGCAUCACGGACUGUGAAGGUCUCAUUAGCGGAAACCUGGCCAGCACAUAUGAGCCAAUCCAAGACCAGGUCAAAGACAGCAUUUCCAGACAGGAAAAGACUUUAGCCGCAAUACAGACGGCAAACGAGAAGUUCGUCCAAGAAAGGCAGGAGGGAAGGGCGGUCAGUGAGAGGGAGGCAAAGUUGAAGGAGCUCGCAUCAGCUUUCGAUAUUUACAUGGAGCUAACAGCCAACUUGAAGGAGGGAACCAAGUUCUACAACGACCUUACUCCAAUCUUGGUCAGAUUUCAGCAGAAAAUCAGCGAUCUAGUAUUUGCCAGGAAGACUGAAAGAGAGGAGUUAUCAAGGAGUUUACAGAAUACCAUAGCUCAGCAGCCAGCUGAGCCCACCCCCGCCGCACCACCACACCACGCCGCACAAGGCGCACGCCAGCCACCUCCGUCUCGCCCUCCACCGCCUCGCUCCCAGGCCCCGUCAGCCCCCUCCUCGGCUCCAGCCCAGUACCCUGGCGGAGCUCCUCCUGCGUACGCCACCGCGGGGCAGUACUACCAACCGAUGCCGAUGCCCGGCUAUGCACCCUACCAGUACAGCAACUACACCCAGCCCGGCGGCAUGGGGGGAUAUGGGGGUUACCCGCAGCAGCCACCCCUGCCUGGUGGGUACUACUAUGGGGCCCCGCCUGGGGGGUACCCUUACCCCCAACAGCCAGGACAACCAAGACCCGGCGGGCCAGGCCCAUAUGGACAGUAAUAUGCCCGGAAUACACUCGCCCGUGAGAAUUAACAGGCUUCACUAUGGACUUAACUCGUUACCUCUACCCCCCAACAGCCAGGACAACCAAGACCCGGCGGGCCAGGCCCCUAUGAACAGUAAUAUGCCCGGAGUAAUCAGCCAUGAAUACUUACAGUCUAUUAAUAUGGACUCAAUAACCCGCCGAAUAACUCAUCCCUCGACCGCCAGGACUGCCAAGAACCGGCGGGAAACUCAGUCUUGAGCAUUGACAGGCUAGACUAUAGAUUUAAACUUCGUACCAUAAGUGACGUGCAAUACAUCAUUAAAAGAUCAGGGCCGUAGCAGGGGUUGAGCACUGGGGCACGUGCCCCCCCCCCCCCCCCCCCCCCCAAAAAAAAAAUAUUUUCAAAAUACUUGAUGUUCUGUAUUGUGCUCCCCCCCCCCCCCCCCUCCAAUAUUUCGAUGUCUGCUACGGCACUGAAGAUUGAAGAAUUAAAGUAAAAAAAUUAAGCGAAAACAAAGUUAAUUAAGGUGGUUCCCAUUUUCACAACUUGAGUGUCUUUGUAAUACAAUUAUUGGACUAUAAACGUUUAGCCGUGGGUCAGAUAUGAAUUUUAUGUGACGGAACGUGCAAAUACAGACGUCGGUAAGUUGCAAAUAUAUACCCUAGAUGUUGGUCAUUUUUGUAGAAAAGAUGUUCCUAAUUUGAAAUUAAUAAUUGAUUUUCAAGGUCAA